CUGUGAUUGGCUGGGAGAGUGCCGAGCGGACCAAUGAGGAGGCGGUGACGGUCGGCGUCUACACCCGCCGCCAGAGGUCGCCACUGCUCUGUAAACACACCAUGUGCAGAGAGACGUAAAUAAUGGGUAAGAAGGGCAAAAGAUUCAUUGAUAAGCGGCGCGAUGUCUUGCACACCUUUAAGGUUGUGCCUCGCAGUCAGCGAGAUCCGCUGGCUGCUGAUGAGACCGCUCCGCAGGCAGUCCUACAGUCAACUGAAGAGAACCCCAAAAAGACAGAACAGGAGAAAUACGGAAUAUUCUUUGAUGACGACUACAACUAUCUGCAACACUUGAGGGGGGUGCGGGAAGCCGUUAACUGGGAUGAAGAGGAGCUCGAGGUGUAUACCAUCCGCAGAGAAGACCCACAGAUGGGCAAGAAAGAAUUGCGUGGUAAAAAGCUACUGUUGCCGUCCUCAGCAUUUGAAUCUUUCGUGGAGGAGCCGAUAGGACUUCUAAACAAAGCAGCUCCUUUCACAGGUCCGCGGCCGGAAUUAGACCCAGAUGUUGUUGCUGGGUUGGAUGACGACUUUUUUGAUGAAUCUGGAGCGCACAAUCCUGAUGACGACAACGCUCUUCCGGAUAACUUUGUGAUGAUGCUCAAUUCUGAAAAUCCUAUCCAUGAAUUUGAGGAUGACGACGGAGAAUGGGAAGAUUGUGAGGAUGAUGAAAUCUGGGGAAAUGGUCAGGAAGAAGAUGGGGAAAUGCCUGCCCUGGAAGAUUUAGAUAAUGGUUUACAAUACCUCCCUUCCCUAUCAAAGUUGAGGUUAGCAGUUUACCUGUUUGUUAUAAUAGUACUGUAUUUAAAGAUAAGUAAUGACGGAAGAACGAUAAGUUUCCAAUUUGGUUUCAUGAUGGGCUUUAAGUACAGUCCACAGCUCCUAGCAUGUAUUUCAGUACUUGCCCGUAUUUUCCUACUAAUAUUUCCUAUGAAUAUUUUAAAAUAUUUGUCUUUCCUUCGGGAGUAUCAGGAUGAACAGGUUGGAGCCUUAGAUGGUGAAGACAUCGAUGGGUUUGUAGGAGAGGAGUCGCCCCUCUUUCAGCAAGUUUUGGAACAGUCGCACAAGCAGCUGCAAGAGGACUCCGAAGAUGACCGCACAAGGAUUAUAAAGUGGAUUAAGGACAUGCAGGAAAGACGAAGUAAUGUCAAGGAGGAGAAGGAUGAGGUUGAGAUUUCAGAUGACGAACCUAGAGAGAGGUGGGACUGUGAAUCGAUUCUGACAACUAAUUCUACCCUUUACAAUCAUCCACGCACUAUUACUGAUCCUCCACGUCGCAAGAAAAUUGCUGUUGAUCCACGAACAGGGAUUCCAAUAGAGCAUGGACUUGGAGGUUUGACUAGAAGGAAUCUAGCUCAUCAUGAUAAAGUUGCUGGAGCAUCAGACGAUGCACAACCCGACACUCAGACGCUGAUCACAAGCAUGUCGGCUAUCUCCAUUCGGCCUCCUGGAGAGUCCUCGGAAGAACGAAGGUUUAGGAAGAAAGCUUUAAAAGAGCUUCGAAGGGAAAGACGUGUGGAAAAGAAAUUGAAUAGAGCAGCAUUCAAGGACGAGAGGCGACGGCAGGAAAAGAUCCUUAUCAAUAAUAAAUAUAAUAAUAAAAUAUCUUUGGUGUAAGUGCUAUUCUUGCAUCUUGAAUUUUCCUUUCUCUCUCUCUCUCUCCUUAUUUUUUACAAAGGCUUUCAACCAUUUUUAUGCUAAUCAGAUGUUAUUAUAUUUGUUGCUCUUUAUAUUGCAAUUUAUUACUUAGGUGCGAAAUCUGCCAUGUUUCAGAGAAAUAUUAUGGAAAUAGUGUCCAGUGUGAGUGUGUUUGAGAAAGGAACUAGCAAUUCAAAAGUUCUAAUUACCUUCUGGCCAAUUGGAGGGCUUCAGCUAGUACAUUUUAUAAUGCCUGCAGUAGCCCAAUGAUGGGUCAGUACAUAAUGUAUCCAACAGACUUAAUAUUCCAAUUACUAAUCAAAUGCUUUUUGAGCCACAGUUACUCACAAGAGCAUUGUUCAGCUUUUAAGUAUACAGUAUAUAUAUAUAUAUAUAUAUACACAUAUAUAUAUGAAUUUUAGCAUGUUUCAUUCUCUUCACAACCAAAUUCUUUGAUAUAUUCUGUUUUGCAUACAGUGUGUGUUUAACCAGCCGUGUUUAAUAUUUAAUUAUGUAACUUCAAUUUCAUUUUCUUAAUCUCAACAUUUAUCUGUAGAACUGCACACCAUAUACCGUCUCAAAUAUUUGUCUGUGUUAUACCAAUAUACCAAAUAUUAUGAAUAUUAAA